AUGGAUGAAAACCGCACUAAUAAUGUUUUCCCAGAAAGGGUCGAGACCUCCAUUAGUACAUCAGGCAGUCUCAUUCCUCUUAAAUCUAUAUUAGAAACAAGAGCUCGAGACUCAUUGCUCAGUGUCUACAUCAUAAGUGUUCCAGCGAAAAAAGCUAGUGGUGUUCUAAAUUUGACACGGAAACUUUUCCCCGAAGAUGGUGGUUUUGACCUACAACAUAUCAGGAGAUUUGCGAAACAAGCGGAUGUUCCAGAUCACGUUCGCUCUUUUCUCCUAGGCGCAAAUAUCGACAGCAAUGACAUUGAUCAAGUCGAUGCUGAAUCUCCUGAACUUUUCCUGCUUGUGGGAGCUACGAAUCUCAUCAGCUCGGAAGAAUUGCGCAAUGCUCUCUCUCCAAUCUUAGAUCCAAUAACCAUUCACUCCAUAAAGGUACCUUUGUUAGCUCCAACGUCGCAAGAGCAAGCCAUGUCUUGGUCAUCUCAAUAUUGGCCCAUAGUAUACAAAAAGAGCAAUCCGUUUGGUCCCCACCCAGCCAUUGUGUCCAGGGCCGAAAAAGAAGUACAGGAAAAAGUUAGGAAGUGGAUGGACUUGGCGGCCGAAGUGGCCCGCUCCUCGAGCAAGACAGGUAUCGGGGAGCAAAUUGGUGCUGUAGUUGUCGAACGAAAGAAUGGAAUUGAACGUACACUUGCGGUUGCUGGUGAUGCGAGAUGGAUGAAGUGGCCACGAGUUGGCUCAGGAAAUGUUACUGCACAUGCAACACUUCGAGCUAUUGCAAUGAUAGCAGAUGGAAUAAAAGUUCAAGAGGAAAGGAAAGCUGACAUAGUCUCAGAAACGAGUACAUCAGAUGAAAAUACGAUCUUUAAUGACCAAUCAUUGGAUAUCCUUGAGACAAAGCACCUCAAGUCAUCCGAAUGGAUCGACGGGUAUCUUUGCCACGAUCUGGAGCUCUAUAUGACACAUGAGCCAUGUGUAAUGUGCUCGAUGGCUAUUGUACAUUCUCGUUUUGGACGUGUGGUAUUUGGACAUCGUAUGCCGAAGACUGGUGGUCUCUGUGCAGACAGUGAGCUUGGUCACGGUCUUUUCUGGCGUAAGGAGCUGAAUUGGUCUUUGCUUGCCUGGCAGUGGAUCUCCAGCGAAAAAGAAAUUGAUGCUUCUAAAAACCCACAAAACCUGCUAUCGCAGCUUGGUGUACAUGCCUAA